AUGCACGGCGCGAUCGGAGAUUAUGAGCUCAAGCUCAUAUACUCUGGGGAUCUUGACGGUGAGACCGACUCAGAGAAGUCGAAAGCUAAGGGUAAGCCAGAAAUAGCUAAACCGGAGCUGAAUGAGCCGGGUUCUCGAAACGCUUUAGGCCUCGCAGAGCGUCGUGACAUUUUCAAAUCGUGUGACGAGUCGGGCCCUCCGUCUUCGAGACGUAGUCGUUCGGCUGAAAGCGAGAAAAGCGGUGGCUCUGGCCACCGGGACGAUCUUGAAGGUGAUGCAAUCGUGGAUUAG